CUUUGAAGUACCGUUGCUAGAAAUAUUUAGUCCAUGUUGCUGUGAUCAAAAUUGACACGUUUAUUAAAAUUAGAUUAGAUGUCUGGAAACUAGCAAUAGAAUUCUUUUUGGACCGUAAACUGCAAAAUUUACAUAUGAUCAGUGUGAAAAGAAUGCCUUGGAGCAAUGUGCGCAUAUUUCUGAAGCUCGCUUCCCAGCGAUGCCAGCUCCUAAGUGUGGGCUCCAAACAGGAGGCGUCUGGUGGACACCGACCGGGAUCCUUUGAAUCGGAUGUGCUGGCGAGUGCUUCGAAUGCCAGACACUUGGAGUGCCUGUUCACCAAGUGGAUGAGGGACAAUAACUCGAUCAAUGGAACCUGGCAGAAUUUCUUUAAGGGAAUGCUAAUGGAACAAAUAGAGUCGCAACCGUCUUGUAGUCCUGGCUGGAACAAAAAAGCAGGAGGAGAUGUUCUUCCCUCGGUGAGGCUGAUAAUCUUUAAUAUGCUCUUCAUUCUUUAAUUUCUCGAACCUAAUUACA